AUGGAUCCCUCAAAUAAACCAAAUUCAGAAGCCCUUGCUGGAGUUGGACCUGGAGCUGGAGACGACGAGGAUGAUGUAAAGUCUACCACAUCUCGGGGGAGCGCCAUGUCCAGAGUGUCUUGUGUAAGCGAUACAUCAAGCGUGAAACUAAGAGCAGCGAGGGUGAAGGAGGAGCUGGUGAAUAAGAAAAGGGAGCAGUUCUUACAGGAACAAAGACUAAGACGAGAACAGUUUAAAUUACAACAGGAACAAUUUGAACUGAAUGAAAGAAUAGAACUUCUCAAGAUCGACCAUGACAAGGAAAAUGCCAAGGUUGAAGCCACCAUGUGGCAAGAACAAGUAAAUGAAGAAAGGGCAGAAGUAGGAUUUCCGCCCUUACCUAACAAGGACUUGGACAAUGUACAAAUUACAGAAAGAUGGUUCUCCACCCGGGGAGAAUCAAAUCAUCAGGGUAAUGUACCAAAUGUUCAAAAGGAUAAUGUAUAUGUUAAAGGUAAUGAACAUGUAAGUACUGGUGUAGUAGGUGAAGGUACUACAACAAUUCAUAAGCCGGGUAAUGAAGGAGUAGGGUUAAGCAGGGGAUACAAUGGUAAUCACCAAGUAAAUAGCCAAGCACAAGAACAGAAACCCUUCAUACCCAAUCCAUUUCAGACCCCAGUUAAUAACAUGUAUAAUCAUAGUAUGAUGGCAAUGGCUCUAAGUUUGCCAAAGCCAGACAUGCCAACUUUCUCAGGCAAUCCGAUUGAUUAUUGGAAUUUCGUGAAUAGUUUUGAAGUUAAUAUUGCUGACAGAAUUCAUGACAGUAGGUUAAAAGUGUCUUACUUAAUUCAGUUUACCUCAGACAAGGCCAGAGAGGCCAUAGAAAAUUGUGUAUUAUUAGAUCCCGAUACAGGUUAUUCCCGAGCUAGGAUAAUACUACAGGACCAGUUCGGACGGAACUACAUAGUGGCUAGAGCUCACCUGAAGAAGGUCAUCAAUAGAUCACCACUCAGGACCACGGACAGCCAAGGUCUGUGGGAUCUAGCCAGAGACAUGAGGAGGUGUCAGAUGACAACUUCUCAGAUGGGGUACUCGGCUGAUAUGAGUACAACGGAUACCCUACUGAAGAUUCAACAUCUUCUCCCAGUCCACAUUCAGUCCAAGUGGGCCAGCCGAGCACAUUCACUGAUGGAGCAAUCAGUGAUGCCCAACUUCUCCCAUCUGACAGACUUCAUCGAAGAGUCUGCUAAGGUGGCGAGUAAUGUGUUCGGUAAGAGUGUAGGGCGUCCAGCCGUGCAAGACAAGAAGGCAUCUGCGGGGAAGCCUAGGCCAAAGGUUUCGACCUUUAAUACUACAACAAGCAAGUCUGAGAAACCUAAGGACUCGAGCUCAUGCCCAUGCUGCUCAGAGAAGCAUGAGCUUGAUAAGUGCCGCAAAUUUAAAGGUCAGUCAGUAGAUGAAAGGUUUGCCUUUGUCAAGUCUAAGGGGCUAUGUUUCAAUUGCCUCAAAGGGUCGCACAUGGCAAAGGGCUGUACAGCUAACCCUAAGUGCAGCAAGGAUGGGUGCAAGAAAAGACACCACACCCUUCUUCACAUGGAGUGGUCCACCAAGGGCAAAGAUAAAGGGCAAGAAACAGGUAAGCAAACUGGGGCCGGGCAAGGAUCUGACUUAGAUAACCAGGCCGACACUAAUGCUGUUGGUGGUCAGAAAGAGGUUUGUCUCCGAGUUUUACCUGUCAAGGUUAGAGGCAAUGGCAGGGAGGUGACAACAUGGGCUUUGCUGGACCAUGGCAGCGAUGUUUCCCUCUGCGAACAUCGUCUUGCAGAUGACCUCCGCAUCCAAGGUAAGGAGACAAACUUCCGACUGACCACGGUGAACAACACUAAUACCCAAAGGGGGGGACAGGAGGUUAGUUUCUCCAUUCAAGGAAUUAAGGACAGGGAUGUAAUUGAUAUGCCCAGGGUGUGGACGGUAGAAUCACUACCAACAACCCAUAGAAGUAUACCAAGGCAACAGGACGUAGAUAGAUGGUCCCAUCUGAAGGGAAUAGAGCUUCCAACAGCUGCCAAGAAGGAUAUCACCUUGCUCAUAGGGAGUGACACCCCAGAGGCCUUCUGGGUCCAGGAAGAAAGGAGGGGAAAGAAGAAAGAACCAUAUGCUAUCCGUUCUCCACUGGGAUGGACAGUCAUGGGCCCCACCGGACGCAGAAGGAAAGGAGCAUUUGAUGUGAACAACAUCUCCUCAAUGGAUGACCAUUUGCAAGAGCAAGUCCAGAGAUUCUGGAAACUGGACUAUGCUCCUGGUGAUGAGAGUGAAAGAUUAGGUGACUCGGUAGAAGACAGGAAGGCUCGUGCCAUGAUGGAAGACAUAAUCCGUCUUAUGGAUGGCCAUUAUGAGAUGGGUUUACCUUGGCGUCAAUUCCCUCCGUCUCUACCAAACAACCACAGAAUGGCAGAGUCACGUUUACGAUCUCUAAAGAGAAGACUGGAGAAGGAUGACAGCCUUCACCAGAAGUACACAGAAACUAUGACAAAUUAUUUAUCGAAGGGAUUUGCAAGGGAGGUGGACGAGGACCCUCAAGAGGAGGGCUCUAUCUGGUAUCUACCUCACCACCCCGUGACUCAUCCCUUCAAGCCGGAAAAGGUGCGUGUAGUAUUUGACUGUGCUGCCAAAUACCAAGGAAUCUCCCUUAACAGCCAUUUAUUGAGUGGACCGGAUUACACCAAUAAGCUUGUUGGUGUGCUUCUUCGCUUCAGACAAGAGGAGAUAGCACUGGUGGCAGAUGUGGAGGGUAUGUUCCACCAAGUGAGGGUCACACCCACCCACACUGAUGCGCUCAGAUUCUUGUGGUGGGAGAACGGCAACACGGACACGACACCUAAGACGUACAAGAUGCAAGUCCAUCUGUUUGGAGCGACUUCGUCUCCAAGCUGUGCAGGCUUUGCACUCCAAAGGACUGAGGAAGACAACAGGCAGGACUUUGAGCCAGAAGUUUGUCAGAUAGUCAAGGACAAUUUCUAUGUCGAUGACUGCCUGAAGUCUGUUCGCUCUACAGAGGAAGCGAUAAGGCUCAUUCCUCAGUUAUGCAGCCUACUAAGAAAAGGAGGAUUCAGACUAACAAAGUGGGUCAGCAAUGACAAGGAAGUGUUAGAAACAGUCCCUCCUACAGAAAGGGCUGCAUCGGUAGUUGAUCUAGAUUUGGAUCAUCUUCCAAUAGAGAGAACACUUGGAGUCUUAUGGAACAUGGACUCUGACAUGUUUAGCUUCAAGGUUUCUCCCAAGGACGUACCAGCAACAAGAAGGGGUAUACUGUCCGCCACAAGCUCCUUGUAUGAUCCACUUGGAUUUGUGGCACCUUUCACAGUAAAUGCAAAGCUUCUUUUGCAGGAUCUUUGCGCCCAAGGUCUUGGCUGGGACGAGAAGAUCAAGGACCAGGACUUGCAACGCUGGCGAGCCUGGCUGGCUGAGUUACCAGAGUUAACCUCAGUACACAUCCCCAUAUGUUUCAAGCCAUCUGACUUCAAGGACCCUGUCUAUGAUCUCCAUGUGUUCUGUGAUGCGUCAGAAAGAGCAUAUGCAGCAUGUGCCUAUCUACGGAUAGAGGAUUCUGGUCGCACCCACAGUGCACUUGUGAUGGGGAAGACAAGACUUUGUCCUCUGAAGAAGAUGACAGUUCCCAGAUUGGAGCUGUCAGCAGCAGUACUAGCGGUAAAGCUGGGUCGAACCAUCAUGGAAGAACUAAGAAUUUCCACGUGUAGUUUAAGAAAGGCAGCUACAAUAAUUAUUACGUCUAUCAAUUAA